AUGUCAACAUCAACCAAGACCGAGAACGGAGAACACGAGCAUUCCACUGGUCCUACAACAACUCGGAUUUUCACCGAGGUCAACUUUUUAUGUCUCCCGUGUGAGAUCAGGGAUAUGAUCUAUGAGCUCUAUCUCACCGCUGGUAGGAUAGACAUAGUCGUAUGGAACGGAAAGCCAUUCCAGCACCAUGGAUUCUUCAGCAAACGACACGGGGAUCGUCAAGGAUGGCUUCACGAAAACUCGUUUGUUGCUUUGACCCAAUACGGAUCUGACGUCAAGAUUUGCCUGUAACAUCUUUCCAUGCAAAAAAUGCAACAGAACGAUAUCCCAAGAAGCGAGCGCCACGUUUUACGGCAAGAGCACUUUCGUUUUCCCGCAUGAGAAUAUAUGA